AGCGGUUGCAUCGCGCGUCAUCGAACAAGUUACGGAAAACGCGUGCGGACGUGUUUUGAAAGGGGCGACGACAAAAGCUUCAUUCGCGCGAUUUUCGGAAUCUCUCUCUUCGACGCGAGUUUUCGUUACCUUGUUGUUGUUUAUAGAAGGAAAAGAAAGCAGCAAGGAAAUGUUUUAAGCCCAGAAGCAGCAAAACAAAGUUGUGACAAAAGCAACACACCCGACAACAGCACGCAGUGUUUGUGAAGUGCAAGAAGUAGAAAUUUAUAGUUGCUGUAUUUUGUCGAAAUUAAAUUAUGUUAAGUGCUUAAAACAGCUCGAAGGUGAAGUGCAAAGCGAAAGGAAAAAAGAAACGCCGCCAGCCAGCAGGGCAUAAAGCAACAGCAUCCCAUUAUCCCAGCAUCCAGCCUCCGCAGCAAGCAGCAAGCAGCAGCAGCAGCACCAUCCAUCCACCAUCCUCCUCCAUCCUCGGCAAAGAGGUGCAGGCGGCGCAAAGUAUGUAAAAGUUGAAAAGUGAACGGAUUCGCGACGAGCGGCACCAAAACUAAACAAGUUGCAAUGUGAAGAGCCCUAAAAGGACAAGUGCGAAACCCAAGGAAGCCCAGAAGUUGUCAACGAGCAGGAGACAAGACGAAGAAGAAGAACAAGAAGAGUAAGAAGGAGCACCGGCAGCUGCUCCAACGAUUGACAGGACAAAAACAAAGGCGAAACCCCGGGGCCCAGCAGAGCGGAGCGGAGCGGAGGAGCAAAAGUUUUUCCAGCUCUUGUUGCUUGUUGCUGGGGGUUUCCAUGGCCGCUGUGUUGCAGGCAACCACGGGGCAACAGCAUUAGAAGCGCAAUGUUCUGGCCAAAUACCGCAACGAAAUAGAAUCGAGAACGUGGAUAGAGGAUAGAAGAUAGAGGAUAUUGGAUAGAUAUAGAGUGGAUAGGAAAGCACUCGACAGCACUGGCCAAAAAAGGAGCAAAGCCAGUGACUGCCGCAUAUGUGUUUUGUGCUGGUGGUUUUUGUGCUUUUCUCUGUGUGAUGCCACAAGGACACACUUCAAGUGACAGCAACAGCAACGUCAGCGGCAACAGACUCAAGUGCAGCAGCAGCCCCACAAGGAGGCAAGCCUAGGGAGAGCGACGAGAGCGAGAGCGAGAGAGAGAGAGAGGGACAGCUUUCCAUCUUAAACGCAGCAUGCGCAAGCACAAAGCGCCGCCCAGCGGCAGUCCAAGGACACAAUCAGAUCCAGCUGCUGCAGGACUCGUGGAAAUCCAGGCAGAGCAACAGCAGCAGCAACAGCAGCAGUGCCUGCUCCUAGGACACAAUCAAAUGGCCAGCAAUGGUCCCACUCCAACAGCAGCAGCGGCGGCAGCAGCGAGCACAGCUAGUCGCCUGGCAGCCCCCACCGCGAGCUGUCAGGACAGGCCGGAUCAGCAGCAGCAGCAGCAGCAACAGCAUCAGGCAGCUGCUAGCUGCAGCAGCAAGGAGCGACCUCAUCCCACAAUAAAGCUCAUGUCCUUGCUGCAGAUCGCCAGCUAUGUGCUGUGCCUGUGCGCCUUCAGCUUCGCCCUGUACGCCAACGUGCGACAGACGCGAAUGGAGCUGCGGCUGCAGCGCCUCCAGCAGCUGGACGCCCGCAUUGUCGAGCUGGAGCUGCGGCUCGAGCAGCAGCAGCUGCUCCACUGGCCCGCCGAACAGACCCAGAUUCUGGACAACAGAAACAACAACAACAACGGCACCCAGCACCUGACGCUGCAUGUGCGCCGGGAGCUGCAUCGUCUGCGUCGCGAUGUCUCGCACCUGCAGCUGACGCGACGCCAGCAGCGACGGCAGGCGGCCGAGGCGGCCGCAGCAGCAGCGGGCGAGGGUGGUCCAGCACUGACCGGAGGUCACGGCGAGUGCCAGUGUCAACCAGGUCCUCCAGGACCGCCGGGGCCACCGGGCAAGCGAGGGAAGCGCGGCAAGAAGGGCGACACCGGCGACAAGGGCGACGCGGGUCUCAAUGGCAUCAGCGGCGAGAAGGGAGCGGCUGGCAAGCCCGGCGACAAGGGCCAGAAGGGCGACACCGGCCACCCGGGCAUGGAUGUCUUCCAGACGGUGAAGGGUCUGAAGAGAUCGGUGACAACGCUGCAUGGCGGCACGUUGGGCUAUGCGGAAAUAGUUGCUGUAAAGGGCGAGCCUGGGGAGCCGGGUCCGCCGGGACCAGCGGGCGAGGCGGGACAGCCGGGGGUGCCGGGCGAGCGAGGACCACCGGGCGAAACUGGAGCGCAGGGCGUCCAGGGCGAGGCCGGACAGCCGGGGCCCGCCGGACCGCCUGGCGUGUCCGGUGCACCUGGCACGAAGGGUGACAAAGGCGAUCGCGGCGAUCGGGGACUAACCACAACCAUCAAGGGUGACGAGUUCCCUACGGGCAUCAUCGAGGGUCCGCCGGGACCGGCCGGACCACCUGGUCCACCAGGGGAGCCCGGCGAGCGCGGCGAGGCGGGACCCAUCGGACCGGCCGGACCCCCCGGCGAGAAAGGACCGCGCGGCAAGCGUGGCAAGCGGUUGUUUGGACCUGGUGGCACGAAGCUGGACGAGGACUACGACGAUCCACCAGUGACACUGUUGCGCGGUCCGCCCGGACCGCCUGGCCUCGCUGGAAAGGACGGCCGCGACGGACGCGAUGGCAGCAAGGGGGAUGCCGGCGAGCCUGGAGAGCCUGGUUCGCUGGGUCCACGCGGCCUGGACGGCCUGCCCGGAGAGCCGGGCAUCGAGGGACCGCCAGGACUGCCUGGCUAUCAGGGACCGCCGGGGGAGAAGGGCGACCGUGGAGACAUUGGGCCGCCUGGACUGAUGGGACCCCCGGGUCUGCCUGGCCCGCCGGGCUAUCCCGGCGUCAAGGGAGACAAAGGUGAUCGCGGCGACUCGUACCGUAAGAUGCGUCGUCGCCAGGAUGACGGCAUGUCGGAUGCCCCACACAUGCCCACAAUCGAAUACUUAUAUGGUCCUCCUGGACCACCCGGCCCCAUGGGCCCGCCAGGACACACCGGCGCCCAAGGCGACCGCGGCUUGGAUGGACGCAAAGGGGAUUCGGGCGAAAAGGGCCACAAGGGCGAUCAGGGACCCAUGGGGCUGCCGGGCCCGAUGGGUAUGAGAGGAGAAUCGGGACCCUCCGGUCCGGCGGGCAAGGCUGGCAUACCGGGAGCCCAGGGCGAGACGGGACACAAGGGAGAGCGCGGCGAUCCGGGACUGCCGGGCACCGACGGCAUACCCGGCCAGGAAGGUCCGCGCGGGGAGCAGGGCUCACGUGGCGAUGCUGGCCCGCCCGGUAAGCGGGGACGCAAAGGAGAUCGCGGCGACAAGGGCGAACAGGGCGUGCCUGGACUGGACGCACCAUGCCCCCUGGGCGCCGACGGGCUGCCGUUGCCCGGCUGUGGCUGGCGGCCGCCAAAGGAGAACUGGCAGGCCUGGCUCAAGGACGAGCUUAACGCGCUACAGCAGACGCACACAAAAAACUAAUCGACAGCCCCAGCAGCCACCAUGCGACGGUUGCAUCGAAGGCGUGGUCCUGCUACCGCAAUAUCCAUACGAAGAAUCUAAGCGCUUUGGUCUUAAUUUUAGUAAUUUGUUAUUGUUAAAUGUAGGAAUCGAACAAAGCUCUAUCCAUACACAUACACACACUCUGUACUGUAUAACUACACCUAUUACUACAUAUAUCUGUAUCUGCUUCCUGCAUCUGUGCCAAAUUGCUCCAAAGUUGCAACCAGUUCGGCUCCAGCUCCAUGACGAUGACGAUGACGAGGGCGUCGCUCUAGGCAUUCAUUGAACAAAAGCAACAUUUAAUUCUAGAUUUAAUGUACCUCUAAAUAUGCGAAAUGUAUCUACUACAUCUACGAGUAUUUCUACGGCAAUAAGCAAACCUGGAACCCAGCUAUUUUUUACAAAAACUAUUUAAAAACAAAACUUCAAUAAAAAUCAAGCAAAAGUAAAA